AUGCUGUUGACCACGUUCAUCACACCAGAGGGCCGAUAUUACUUCAAGAGGUUACCCUUUGGUAUAUCAUCGGCCCCGGAGCACUUUCAAAAGAGGAUUUCCCAGCUGAUUGAUGGCAUUGACGGAGUGUUAUGUCAUGCUGAUGAUGUCCUCAUCACAGGAAAGGACCGGGCAGAACACGACGAUAGGCUGCACAGGGUGCUACAGAAAUUCAGAAAGUCUGGGCUCACUCUGAAUGAAAAAUGCCAGUUUGCACUGACAGAAGUCCGUUUCCUGGGCCAUGUCAUAAACUCCCAGGGCAUCAGAGCAGACCCGGAUAAGAUAAAGGCGAUCCGUGACAUGCCUGAGCCGAAGGAUGUGGCAGAUGUUCGCCGCUUCAUGGGCAUGGUGAACUUUGUAGGGAAAUUCUCACCACGCCUGCCUGACUUGACAAAGCCCAUCCGCGAUCUGUUGAAGACAGAGAACAGCUGGACAUGGGGAGCACCCCAACAGAAAGCGUUCCUGGACACUAAGAAAGAAUUAGGGUCAGAGACGGUGUUAGCCCAAUACAGCCCAAACCAUGAAACCAUGGUGUCAGCGGAUGCCUCUUCGUAUGGACUAGGAGGUGUCUUAACACAAAAACAGCUAGGUGGUGAGUGGAGACCUGUUGUCUUCAUUUCAAGAAGUUUGACCAAAGCCGAGUCAAGAUAUGCUCAAAUAGAAAAAGAGGCUUUAGCUACGACCUGGGCAUGUGAGCGCCUGCGCGGAUACUUGAGCGGCCUAGAUUUUACUAUAAGAACAGAUCACAAGCCACUCAUAACACUCCUGAAGUCCAGAGCACUGGAUGACCUUCCGCCGAGGAUUAUCAGAUUCAGAUUAAGGCUGCUCAGAUUCAAUUUCAACAUCAUCCAUGUCCCAGGUAAAAACCUGAUAACAGCUGAUGCUCUGUCCAGAGCGCCGCUUCCAGCCACAGCCACGGAGGCGGAGCAAGACCUGGAAAAGGAAUGCAAAGCUUACUUGGACAGUGUAGUAGAAAGCCUGCCAGCCACACCGACAAAGCUGGAACAAAUUAAGAGCGCACAAACCUCUGACAACACCUGCAAACGUCUCAGGCGAUACAUUGCAAACGGCUGGCCUGAACACAGACGAGAUAUGCAUGAGCUGCUGUUGCCCUACUGGCCUGAAAGGUCAGUCCUGCAUGAAGGAGGAGGACUGCUCAUGAAAGGUGAGAGACUCAUCAUCCCUGAACACAUGAGACCUGAUAUCCUACAGAGACUUCACCAGGGACAUCAGGGUAUCAACAAAUGCCUAGCUAGGGCUAGAGAAUCUGUCUGGUGGCCAGGCGUCACGUGUGCUGUAAAGCAGAUGGUCGAGAGAUGUGAGAUUUGUGCACGUGAAGCUCAAACACCUGUCGAGCCUCUGCUCACGACUGACCUCCCAAGCAGACCAUGGCAGAGGGUUGCAGCAGAUCUUUUCCAAUGGCAGAAUGGGAACUAUUUAGUCAUGAUAGACUACUUUUCUCGCUAUAUUGAGGUUUGCACCCUACCUGGAGGCACAACAGCUAAACAGACUAUUGCAAGAUUUAAAGCUGUGUUUGCUAGGUAUGGAUGCCCAGAAGUGCUAGUCACGGACAACGGUCCUCAGUUUUCCUGUCAUGAAUUCUCUCAGUUUGCAAGAGAUUAUGACUUUACACAUGUGACAAGCAGCCCCCGUUAUCCCCGCAGCAAUGGGGAGGCUGAACGGGCCGUCAGAACUGUUAAGUCUCUCUUAGAGAAAGGGAGAUUUCCACAAAGCUCUGCUGGCCUACAGGUUUACUCCAUUGGCACACGGGACCUCCCCAGCACAACUACUGAUGGGGAGGAGACUCAGAACACCAGUCCCAGUGUCACCGCUGCAGCUACAACCACAGUGGCCUGA